CCUUCAGAAGACUCCAUCUACCAGCAGCAAUGGUUGCCUUUGGUGCUAGCCUUGUCCUGGCCUUGGUCGCCGGCGCUCUGAGCCACCCCGUCAUUCCCUCGGGCAUCGGCUUCGGUUAUGUGGCCGCUCCAGGUGCCCUGACCUACGCCGCCGUUCCAGGCUUCGCAACGGUGGUUGCAGCCGCUCCAGCGGUGACCCGCGUCGAUACCUAUCACGCCGCACCAGCAUUUGGCACUGUUGCUGCUUCCCCCGCCGCCACUGUCACUAAAGUGGACACCUACCACGCUACGCCUGCCGUUGCUAGCGUUGCCGCGACGCCGGUCGUGGCUGCCGCUCCGGCAGCCGCUGUCACCAAGGUCGACACAUACCACGCAGCCCCGGCUGUCACUAAGGUAACGACUGUCGAAACCGCACCAGCCGUUGCGAAGGUAGCCACCGUCCAAGCGACACCAGCCGUGACACGUGUGGACACCACCUAUCAGGCCACCCCUGUCGCCGCUGCUGCCCCUGCCGUGGCCAAGGUUGCCACCGUUCACGCAGCUCCGGCCGUUACCCGCGUUGACACCUACCACUCUGCUCCGGCUGUGGCCACCGUUGCUGCUGCCCCAGUAGUGGCCGACGCUCCAGCUGUAGCCGGGGUUGCUGCCGUUACUCACGCCUUCCCAGCUAUUCCUGCAUACCACGCGGCUCCACUAGUGGCUGCCGCCGCUCCAGUGUACGGAUACGGCGUCGGGGCUUUGAGCUACGGUCUAGGACACUAUGCCUACGGAUACGGCCUUGGCGCCUACGGCCUCAACUAUGGUUAUGGACUUGGCACUCCUUUCCACUAUGCCAACGUCCUCCUCCGUAAGAAGAAGUGUAAGUAUGACAACUGA